UGGGAUGGCGCUCUUUAUUUUGACACCGGCAGCCAUGUCAUUGCUAUCACAAAAAUCUUGACUCGAAAACCGCAAGUAUGAACCAUAUAAAUAUCAUGUUCCACUCGUUUUUUGCAGUAAACUUUGAUUUGAGGCAUUCUUGAGAGUGAGUAGAAAUGUCAAAGAAACAAACACCGACUUCGCGUGAUCCUAAAUUCUAUUUAGUGAGUGUCUUUACCGCUGCUCGGGAUGGGAAGUUGUGCCGCAUCAAAAAAUGGUUUCAGAACUUCAACAAGGAAGAGAUCAAAUGGAUUGUGUCACAAAUUGUGGACAGCACGACACCGCUUAUUGUCGCUUGCAGACACGGUCACAUAGAUGUGGUAACAUAUUUCAUUGAACAAUGUAAGGCAGAUAUAGAACAAGUUGGUUCUGUAACGUUUGAUGGAGAAACAAUUGAUGGGGCACCGCCACUUUGGUGCGCCGCUGCCGCAGGCCAUUAUCAAACUGUUUCAACACUCGUCAAACACGGUGCCAAGGUAAAUCACACCACCUUCUCAAACUCAACCCCUCUUCGUGCGGCUUGCUUUGAUGGUCAUUAUGACAUUGUCAAAUAUCUUAUACAACAUGGAGCAGAUAUCGAGUUGGCCAACAGACAUGGACACACUUGUCUAAUGAUUUCCUGUUACAAGGGACACUACAAAAUUGCUGAGUAUUUGCUUCAUCUAGGCGCAGAUGUGAAUAGAAAGAGUGUGAGAGGAAACACAGCAUUGCAUGACUGUGCGGAAUCAGGAAGUCUGGAUAUCAUGCGACUCUUGUUGAAGCACAGGGCGAAGAUGGACACUGAUGCAUACGGGAUUACACCGAUCAAAGCUGCCGCAGUGGCAGGCCAUGUGAACAUUGUCGACUACCUCGCUGCAGAAGACCUACCAAGGACUGAAAAGAUUGAUGCCCUUGAGCUUGUAGGAGCAACAUUUGUGGACAAGAAAAGGGAUAUGCAUCAAGCGAUUGGUUUCUGGGAACGUGCAAUGGAGCUGCGUUACACUUAUAAAGUUCAUUUGGUUCAUAAACACAAAUGUGCGAAACCAGUUGCUGCAUACGAGUACACCGUGGAGGCUCAGAACAGGCAGGACCUUGAGAAUAUGGUUGGAGAUCCAGAUGAAAUGCGGAUGCAAGCUUUACUGAUACGAGAGAGAAUCCUCGGACCAGCACAUCCUGACACGACCUACUACAUCCGAUACCGUGGUGCAGUGUACGCAGAUUCAGGCAACUUUGAAAGGUGUAUAAUGCUAUGGAUGUAUGCGCUAGAAAUGCAACAGGAAGCAUUGGAACCUCUUAAUCCUAUGACGCAAAGCAGUUUAUUGUCGUUUGCAGAACUCUUUGCAUACAUGCUAUCAGAACGAAACAGUGAACGCGUGUACCAGCAUGUUCCCUUCAGUGAUGUUGCAGUCGUAUACAUGAAAGGAAUCACCGAGAUGAAGCGCGGUGCUGAACAGCUUCCCCUUGGUCCUCAACCAGAAAAGGAGACCACAAACUUCAAUCGUACCCUCCUUAUUCUCAUGCACCUCAUGUGUCUUAUAGCGAAGCGAGAAGGCGCGACACCUCAACAGAUGGAAGAGGUCAAGCGGGCAACGUACCAACUUGUGAAACUCCGACUGCGUGGCAGCAAGGGAUUCACUGUCCUGCAUCUUGCCGUUGACAAGGCCACCUCAUCCGUUGGGCGUUACCCCGUCUGUACUUUUCCAGACAAGAGAGUUGUGCAAUUCUUGCUGGAAUGCGGUUCCGACCCUAAUGUGUUAGACAUCAAUGGCAACUCGCCUCUUCACAUUGCUGCCACAAACACCGUUGCUCCAGGUUCUUCAACCAUCACAACAAAUGGUAGCAAGAUGGACAACAAUGAGAUCAUGAAGUUGCUCCUUGAUCAUGGUGCACAUUGUGAUUUCCGAAACUUGGAGGGUCAGACCCCACUGGACUUGCUGAAAGUGUCUUGUGAUCUUGCACCCAUCAACUACACCAAGCUGCAGUGUUUGGCUGCACGGUGCAUUGUUCAGAACAAGAUUCCCUUCUCUGGAAAUAUACCAAGAGCUCUUGAAGGAUUUGUUUCUAUGCAUUGAAUUAAAUGUACAGUAUUGUUGAUAUGUUUUAUAUCAGAAUAUAUUCUGCAAUUCAAUGUGGGUUCACAAGCAAUUAGUUUGCUUAAAUUAGUUCAGGAAAUAUAUAAUUUUUAAUUUGCAGAGCUGCAUACACACAUGUUCUUAUGAAGGAAAUGAAUUUAUAAUACAAACUUCAUUUAUUUUGUUCUUUGUUUUUUCUCUUUUAGAUCAGAUUUUAUGCGAAUUUUAAUUUAGAUGUCUAUUGUCUACCUUUUUUUAACAAUGCUGCACAAUGGCCAUGAUCAAUUGUUGCUGUACAUUAUUUUAAAUGUCAUCUAAUGUAACAUGCAAUUAUGCAUUCAAGUACUCAAGUGUAACAAAUGUUUCACUUGAAAGAAAAAUCAAUUGAAAGUUAUAUUUGAGAGUGAUUUACAGAAUAUUUGGCUCGUUACUAAACUGAUGUCAACACUACAGGGCACAGGCCUAUGCUUUUCUUUUUGUAUUCUUUCUUACUCAAACUUAAGAUUUUGUCAAAUUUAUACACAUUUUAUUGUUUACAGGUAUUGGCACAUUGACAUAUUAGUCCACUUUUUCUCAUGGUAAACUUAUUUGAAAAAAAAAUCCCUUCUCACAAGCACUGUAUUCUAUACAAUUCACACCCACUCCAUGUAUCAGCAUUUUUUUUUCAAUUUCUUCAGGGGAGUGUGUCAUAGAUCAAAUACAUUUCUAAAGUCUCUUAUUUUCAUUGAUUAAUAAUGUUCUGAGUCAAUCAGAUGCAGGGAUUAAGUAGUUGACCAGUUUUCACUGGCUACAUGUAGCUAUUUCAUUGAAAUGCUCCCCUUCAGAACCUGUUUAUAAUAAAUUCUUAACACUUGGGUGAGUUGCUGUAGGUCAAAAUAAAGUCAUACUGUGCAAAUCACAUUUUUUGCGAGUUGCGACUCGAUCCACGUACAUUUACACGUAACAACCUUGAGACUCAAGGGCUAGAAAAAAAAUCCCACACUAUUUGAGCAUUAGUUCCAUUGUGCAUUGAAUUUCAUUUCAUGUUGAACUGUAAAUAGACUUCAGUUCAACAAUAUGGGAA